ACUCUGCGGGCACAGUCUGUGCGCUGCUGCCGCCGUAGCCGCUGCUGCAGCCGCCGCCGCCGCUGCUGCUGCCGCCGCUGCUGCUGCCAGAGCCGGAGCGGGCUGGGCCGCGGAGGCAAGAUGGUGGACUACAGCGUGUGGGACCACAUCGAGGUGUCUGACGAUGAAGACGAGACGCACCCCAACAUCGACACAGCCAGCCUCUUCCGCUGGCGGCAUCAGGCCCGGGUAGAGCGCAUGGAGCAGUUCCAGAAAGAGAAGGAGGAGCUGGACAGGGGCUGUCGCGAGUGCAAGCGCAAGGUGGCCGAGUGCCAGCGGAAGCUACAGGAGCUGGAGGUGGCCGAGGGUGAGGGCAGCAGGGCCGAGCUGGAACGGCUGCAGGCCGAGGCACAGCAGCUGCGCAAGGAGGAGCGCAGCUGGGAGCAGAAGCUAGAGGAGAUGCGCAAGAAGGAGAAGAGCAUGCCCUGGAACGUGGACACGCUCAGCAAGGACGGCUUCAGCAAGAGCAUGGUCAAUACCAAGCCUGAGCAGGCGGAGGAGGAGUCGGAGGAGGUGAGGGAACAGAAACACAAAACCUUCGUGGAGAAGUAUGAGAAACAGAUCAAGCACUUCGGCAUGCUCCGCCGCUGGGACGACAGCCAGAAGUACCUGUCGGACAACGUCCACCUGGUGUGCGAGGAGACCGCCAACUACCUGGUCAUCUGGUGCAUUGACCUAGAGGUGGAGGAGAAAUGUGCGCUGAUGGAGCAGGUGGCCCACCAGACCAUCGUCAUGCAGUUCAUCCUGGAGCUGGCCAAGAGCCUGAAGGUGGACCCCCGUGCCUGCUUCCGGCAGUUCUUCACCAAGAUCAAGACUGCCGACCGUCAGUACAUGGAGGGCUUCAACGACGAGCUGGAGGCCUUCAAAGACCGCGUGCGGGGCCGGGCCAAGCUGCGCAUCGAGAAGGCCAUGAAGGAGUACGAGGAGGAGGAGCGCAAGAAGCGGCUCGGCCCCGGCGGCCUGGACCCCGUCGAGGUCUACGAGUCCCUCCCUGAGGAACUCCAGAAAUGCUUUGACGUGAAGGAUGUGCAGAUGCUCCAAGAUGCCAUCAGCAAGAUGGACCCCACCGACGCGAAGUACCACAUGCAGCGCUGCAUCGACUCUGGCCUCUGGGUCCCCAACUCCAAGUCCAGUGAGGCCAAAGAAGAGGAGGAGGCGGGUCCCAGGGACCCCUUGCUGGAAGCCUCCAAGCCGGGCGACGAGAAAGACGUCAGCGCAUGACCCACCUCAGCUGCUGCCCGACUGCCUGCAGGCCCCUGUGUGCCCCUUUUCAGAAAACAAAAAUAGACACCAUCUCCCCAGCUCCUGGCUUCCUCCACUUUUGCUGCUCCCACACCUAGCCUGGAGGGGCCUGCCCACCCCCCUCCACUGACCCCACUCCCCAAGUGCUCAUCCACGUCUGCUUUGAGUCAAGGCGCUUCAGUGCCUGCAGCUCCCCCUCUUCAGCAUUAUGCCAAAGGCUCGGGGGUCCAGGGAGGGGUAGAGGUUGCCAGACUGGUCCACGGGGUAGGGGUGGGGUCCCCCGCCGAGGGCCCUGCCCCAGUCACUGUGGGCUCCGUUUUCACUGUUCAUCUGCUGUUGAGUCUCCUAUAUAGUAAACAGCAAUUAUCUUCCAAUAAAGGAUUUCAGAUGCUC